CCGCGAAUGGUCAUUUUACUCCGAAAGGAGCCGCCUUCCUGGUGCGGCAGAUCGAAUCUGUGGUCGAAUUGAGUGCUAAAUUUGUAUUUUACGAACCGAAGAAGCUUGUGCUGAAUUGUAUUUUACGAACCCGAAGUAUUUGUAAAUCUAAAUCAAAAUCUUGAUCUUCUGACACUCUGUCUCUGAUUGAAUGUAAUUGUAAUAUCCUGCCUAAGCAAGUAAGUAACCUAAGCGUAAUUGUCCCCCAUUUUGCUUGUUGACCUAAGCCAGCGCUAUAUUCCAUCAGAAUCCCAACAACAACUCACUAGCAGCGGAAGAUGAAGCUCUGGAACGGUUUAUUCUCGAAUGACCCCCCCGGGCCCGGAUAUGAAGAGGAUUCGGAACAAGACAAGGAAGUUUGCGAGACUCAUUGGCAGUGGGAGCGCCCAUAUCCAGAAAGUGGUCCCUAUUCUACUAACCAAUUCGAGGAAUUGAAUACCGCGGGAACGACAUAUGACCAACUCUACUACAGAGGUGAUGGAACAAAUCCAAAUGUUUAUGAUUGCACCGGAACUACAGCACCAUCCGAUCAACAUGCAGAUGAUCAUUCGCAAUCGCAAGCGGACAAUAGAGAGAACAGCCGAGACGAGCCGUGUCCGGGUGGCGCCAUGGACUGGCUGCGCUCGCUUAUCGGUCUUGGCAUGACAUCGAACGCCGCCAACGACGCUGCUGCUGCGGCCGCCGCUUCCUCGUCCGAAGAGUCUGUGAAAAAUAACCCAGAGCAAUUUUGGAAAGCGCAGCGGAAAAAGCACCCGGAGUGGGAAGCUACCGCACGAUUGGUGAAAAACUACGGUCUGCAGUUUCCCCCCGCGGAGGUAGACGAAGCGCACAAGCUGCAGAGGUUGCAAUUCCAGCUUCAGUCGCCCUCGCCGCGCGAGAGAUUUCUCGCGCAGACCGAGAGCUGGCAAAGGACCUCCUCGACGGAGUUCUUUCCCGGCGGCCCGACCGGCGCGCGCAAUGUGAGCAUGCCGGGGAUGUUUCGCAGCAAACAUAGCUACCGGGAUGCAAUUAUUCCGUUCGAUGAUAAGGAACAACAACAAAAGGAUACUAGCGCAGGAGUAGAAUCCGAGACCCUCACAUCAAAGUCGAAAUCCCUUUCCCCGCCCAGGUAUAACUACUACAGCUGGAAAAAGGUUGGCGGAGAGUCUCUUCACUUAAAACCGACAGUGCGGGACGUCGCGACGUCGCAUAUUUGCACGUCACGGACGCGGGUCGAGAAACCAACAAAUUCCCGAUCCGAGCUCCGUCCCAUCGACGCCAUAGAAGCCCCAUUGAUGCUUUCGCAGGACCUAGAUUUGCAGAGAGUCUCCGUGCGACCGGCCCACCCGCCCAGCUUUUUCGGAGACGUCCUCCUCAACAGUGCUCCCGCGGACGAGAGGAACAGUAACGAUCAUCUCUCCGAUAGUGAAAGUCGUGCGCGUUCCAAGGGCCUCACGCCACCCUGGAUUCGGGCGCCGGCGGUGUCGCCACCCCGGUUGUCCACAAAGGACCUGCAAGCGGAGGCCUACGGCCGCAUGAGUUCGAAGGCCAACACGGUGACACUGAUUCCGAACAAUUACUCGGCGAACACGGAGGAUGAGGACUUGAGUUACCGGAGCGUCCUGCAUCCAGGCUACGCGAUGAGCCGACAGUUGCCCACCGCACGCUGCUACACAACGCGGACCUCGCGGAGCCCGGCGCCGAGGCCCACGCGCCUGCCACCAACGAAUGUUGUGGGCGAAGCUGUGCCAGUAGGGGUUCUUCCGUUUUCGAGUGAUGUGGCCGGUAAAAUAAAGCCUGAUCUGGGUGAUCAGCAGGAGGGCAGCGUGGAACAACAUCAAACCGCGAAUAUUGCAGCAGCAGCGUUUAUUCCGAAAGGCGGUAAGACAGAGGAUCUGCAGCAAGAAGCCCUCGUCCAGCGGCCAGUUGAAGAAGUUGUGGAUGAAAAGCGGCAGGAGGAUGAAACGCGGCAGGAUGAAACUGUAGCUACGUCUGAUCAGCCUUCAGCUGUUCUUGCUUCUGCUCCAGGGGCCCAACUAAUCCCCGCCGGACCAGAGCACCAGCCACUCUCCGCGUCUUUUCUGUUCAGUGCCUCGCCGAUCGGGACCCCUCGUCAGGUCGUGUUGGACCACGGGUUCGCUGCCCCCCAGCUUCUUGUCGGGGAACUACAGGCGGGAACAAUCAGCUCUCCCGAGGACUGCAGUACCAGCUCGCCAAACACCAGUAAGCCGACGCCCGCGGCAUCCACCUUUGCUCCCUACACACCCUCUGCGCGCCCAGUCGGCUUUUUGCCGGGUGCGGUGCUGCGGCACGCGGAAACGGACGAUGCCCGGUUCGAAGUGCGAAAACUUAGUCCCCCGAUGCAGACCCGGGGGACUGCACUGGUACAACCCGGCGAGAAGACUAAGUCCGCGCUUGCUGUGACGAAAAAGCGGAUAGAGGCCGCUGCAGAGGAAGAGCCCUCGCGUUUUCGUCUGUCCAUCACGCAUACACAGGUGCCGAACUUGGACGACAUCCGGGCGGCGGUGUCGAAAGAGGCCACGCUCGAGACACUCACGAAAAAGCUUGCUGAAGCUGCUGUGCGGGACUCCGCCGCCGAAAAAUCGCUCCGGGGUUUGGGCUCAUCGUCCACGCGCAUGAUGCGUGUCAGCGGUGUAGAAGAUCAUGCCUCGUCAGCAGACAGCAGAAAUAAUUUUGCCGUUGCGGCGCACAUUGCUGUCCAGACGGACAUUUCAAUCGCGCCGGGUGGCCAGCGGAUGGAUCGUAAAACUCUCGACGGUCGGUCUACAUGGCUGCAACAGCUGGCAAAAGGCGGCAACAAGGACGGAAUCAGUGGGACGCACGAGACUAUCAUCAUGGACUACGAGGAAGAAAGGGUUCCAGUGUAUGGAGAGAAACCGAAUAGAUUGAAGAGUACUUCUUCUGCGGCAGCCCUUCCGGCGCGUGCCAGCCGCACCUCCGGCAUGAAUACCGAUCUCUCUUCGAGCUUCGCAGCGGCGGCAGAAGUUGAAGACCAGCGGGCCGCUUUUGGGGCCGCCAGAGAAACUUCUGCGGGUAUUAACCUCGAAUACAAGGUUCCUUCUAUGUUCACUCCGAGUCCGACGCUGGCGCAGGAGCGGCAGUCCUUUGUCCGAGCGCAGGCGGGGGCACAAGAACCCGUUGAGAAGGUAGCCUCCGAUUCGACAUUGACAAAACAGAUGAAGGUCGUGCCACUAUCCCCACCUCAGCAGCCCACCAAGGCUGCUUCCGUUCUUGCAGCUUCCGCCUCAAGAAAGCAAGCAUCCGAGCAGGACAUGAUUACAGGCUCUCUAGCGCUCGGCGCAAGCAGUCCGCGCGUUCUGCGUAGCACAGACGGCAGAUUGACAGACUCGCAACCCAGUACGGCUCUUCCAAAAGGUGUUUCGAGCGAGGACGCAUUUUUCGGCGCACAGCGCCGCGACCCAACGCGGGUACUAGCCGCGAGUGCGACCUCCACUGCAGGAUCGGCAUUGGGGGAGAUGCAGAUGAGAAAAGAACCAAUCACCAAGGUCUUAAGUUCGUCUUCCCCACCCGCGGCUGGACGACAGGAGUAUGUUGACGCACCCGUAGGAGCUCUAUCAGCAUUGUCAAACAAGCCGGAGAAAAAAUACAGCCGCGCACAGGAGUUUUUGCGCGACCUGCGAGGUCCUGGUGCCACCAUCGAAGAUACAGACACGUCAGCUGCGGAAGAUGAAGUGGUGAAGCCAGAGACGAAAAAAUCCUCGGGCGCGGCUUUGUUCCCCUCGACCAGUUUACCCGUACAGCAACCGGCAUCUUCAGGGAGACCAACGCCGUCCGCCAGUGUCAGUAGGCAAACCAGUGCCGUGGCGAAGCAGGAUCCUAUGUCACCUGCCCUCGUCGUGGUCACGAGUGUUACGGAGGAAGACAGAUUUACCUCAAGUCACCGCCUCCAGAGCACAUCACAAUUCAAAGACAGGGGAACAAGUCCGCCACCGCCAACAGGCGUGGUGACUGAUACGGGGAAGAAGCAGUCUGGAGUCCGGGACUUCUUCACCGCGUCCGCGCCGCCGUCUCCGCCCGACAUGCGCCGUCCGGGUACAACUGUUGGCAAUGGGAACAAAGACCAGCAGAAAGCGCCGGCUCUGGAUUCUGCAAAAACUACUUCGCCGCAAAUAGAACAAACGGUGUAUCAGGAACGCGGCGCUGCUGCUUCACUGAGAGUUCCAAAAUUGCGGAGUGGAAGCUCGCAGGAGCGAGACACGACCGCACCUGCUCCGAUAGAGAACAAUAACGUCACAACGCCGCGCCGGCUUCAGACGACAGCGAGAUACUCGCUGCGAGGAGAUGCGACUGCUUCGCUUGAUGUUGCAGGUGCGUCCAUUGGCCAAGAAUCAUUAAAAUCUUCACGCGGUUCUGACGUUCCGAAGAGCGAAGUUGCAAACAAGCCGAUAGAGAAGAAACCGACGAUCAUGCCCGCCUCCGAUAGCGACUUCCCGCGCGCUAAGCAGUUUUUGCAGCAAGUGCGGCCGGGGGCACGCGCGAUUGAUGAAAGUGAAUCUUCAUCUUCAACAUCAGAAGAUGCUCAUGGGCUCCGUGCUCCUUCCCUGCAGGUGCAGUCUAUCGAUUACGCCCGGGCGCAGCGAGACGCGGAGAAGGAGAGAGCCCAGAUUUACCGUAGCGGAUUUGUGCCAACUGCAACGAAGCCGAAAGGAAGUACGGCGACAGAAGACACUACUAGCAACAGAAAGCAAGCCGAGGAACGCAUCCCCUUCGUCACACCGAUCGAAAAGGAUCAUGAAGUUUCCUCUUCUUCUUCCGAUAACAUGGUUGCGGAAGUUCUCGCCAAGAUGAACCUCCCGGCCAGCAGAUUCGCCUCUCCCGCGAGUUUAAUACAGCAGCCCAGACGCACGAGUAAAAAGGACGACAGAAGCACGUUGUUAUUGGAGGACUCUGUGGAGCGGAAAGCAGAGAAGCCGAAACAAAAACCCGCAAGGCAGGCUCCCUCGACCGACAGCAGCUCUGAGGAGGUGGUGGUUGCAGGAACAAGACCCGCAAGCAGCAGCGCAAGAUCAUCCCCAUCGCGCGCGACAAAGCCAGUAGCUGCAACUAGUACGGCACAGAAGUUCCUCAAGAAUAAAUCACAAGUUGUAGGCUCUGACAGCAGCUCCGACAUGGAACCGGUCGAACAAGUAGUUGCAAGGCAGGAGAAUCGCAGCACCAAAUCGAAAUCUCAGCCCCCACCGAAGAAGUCUUUCGCGGCGUCGCAAUUCGUCUUCAAGAAGCCUCAGUCCUCUACUUCUGGCAACAGCAGUGCCGAAGAACGACCCGCGUCGGAGAAGCAACAGAGAGAUAGCAGUGUAAGGAAGAGAUCGUCGCCAGAACAACGGCCGUCUGAAAAGAAGCCCUUCGUCCCUGCGCAGCUGUUCAAGAAGUCGCUUGUCGUUACCGACAGCAGUAGUUCUGAAGAGCGGCCAGGUGUGAACGACGCCGUGCCAGACAGCAGGUUCCGUUCUCAAACCAUGCCCCCGAAAAAGCCUUUAGUGUCUCCACAGCUGCUCAAAAUCGCACCGGAUUUCGAAAGAAAACUUCAGCAGCCGGCGACGAUGGGCCGAUUGCUUUCAACCCGCGCGUCGCGAGUUGCAACUGGCACUAAAGUCAGCGAGCGAACAAAUAUGAGUUCUGCCUCAAAGAACAGCGCUACUUUUUCGGUGUCCGGAGCCUCUACGCAGCUAGAUCCUCCGCCAAGAGAGGAGUUUCUCCGAGCGGCGCAAAAGAAGUCAGGGAACAAGUUUUCGCAACGAAAGCAGGAGAUCAUCAGUAUCAUUGAAGAGCACAAGUCGAAGGCGCGGAUCAACCUUGGGCUAGCGACCCCGCCGCGCGCAAUCACCCCAAGUCGCGACACCACAUUGCGGGCGACGGAAGUCUGGUCGCCACGGAUCACUUUGUCAUUGCCGGGUGUCAACAUCAACGACACCCGGAACAGUGGAAGAGCAUUGUCGCUGCAACCACCGGUUGUAGCUUCUCUGACCACGACUUCUGCGAUGGCCAGGACGAGCAACAUGUCCUCAGCUGCUGUUGAGAAACCUUCCUACGCUUUCCCCGGACUUACAACUCCAUCGGUGUUAAAAGUGACACGGGACCACCAGAGUGGGCGAGGAGAAACUACAUUACGUCGUGCCGGGGUUCUUGAUACUGCGCGAAUCACCGGGGUGGUCGGCGUGGAGAGCAGCCUUGCCGAGCAAGAAAAGGUAGAUCUGAAAGUUCUGUCGCCACAGGCGCAUAUGAUGCGCCAGUUUCUGUCCACUCCGCGGGCCCCCUCGCCGGCGCCAGUGAAUACGAGAAACGAGGAAAACAAGAGGUCAUCUUCAAAGCAAGAAAGAUCUUCCUUCUCGAUCAACGUAGAGCCGCAGUCGGCCGCCGCUGCCGCCGCUCCCACGUCUUCGCUCACGACGCUAGAAUCCGGGUUCGAGGAACCUGUCGCGACGGCUUCGCUCAUCGCCUCUGAGGUGGGAGACGAGGAACAAGAACCACGAGCAAAAGCAUCUUCAUCACAACCCAAGAAGCAGACAUCCCAGCCACCAGUUGUCGUGGAGCGAUUGGACACGAAGGUGAUGCCGACGAACAAGCAGAUGACUCCACCGCAGCUGACUGCGCCGGUAGUCCAGCCCGUGCAGCUUCCUUCCAGCCGCGAUAAAAAUGUUGGCGGAGGAACCUCGUCGGACGACGUUGCCAGCGCGUCGGGGUCCUCCGAUACUAGUAGGUUUGAGAUGGAGACGAAAAUUGGUGAGACCACGGCGAAUAAACAAGCAAGAGCAGAAGCCGGUAAGGAUAAGCGAUCAGGAGUAUCAACACAGCAGCAGCCAUCCACCCUCUCCUAUCACAAGUGGGUGCAGCAACAGGGCAUCAAGCCGCUGUCAACGAAUUUGUUGCAGAUGGGAACGGCAACCCCGAUUUCCACCCGAACGGUCAGCACGCCGCGAAGCACAAACGUCGACGUGGCGGCGAGCCGGCGCGUAGCCAGCUUGGAUCCGGUAGAUCCUAUUGGGGAACUUCCUCGAGAGCAUACUACAAUGGUGAAAGAUGUUGCAACGGAUCUGCAGGAGCGCAAGAAGAAGAGCACAACAUCAACACCAGACCGCGAGCAGGACUCCUACAGCAAAUCCACUCCGCAGCGAGUUCUGGCACCCCCGUCGGUGCGGACAACAAGCGCGAAAGGCGGUAUGAGAACGGCAUCGCGCUCAGUCACGCCGCCAGCAGUUGUCACUACUCCGCCGGGCAGCGUGACUCCACUGAAAAGUACCCCGCGGAAAGCAUCGAAAAAGCGUGCGGCUUUAUCCGACGUUCUGCAGCAGGUUGACGCACAGUUGCGGGAAGACGAACAGAAGGAGAAGCGAUCUGGUUCAUGGAAAAGGACACUGAGGGGGAAAAGUAGCUCGUCUUCGGUGGUAAAAUCAUCUCCAUCCCCUCGAAGAGCGACCGGAGAGUCGCACGAAAAUAAAGUCUCGACCGCUGUUUUUCCGAGGAAGAAAAAGAAAUCCUUCCGGCCUUCGUCCAAGAAGAAGACGAUCCGCGGCAAAGGAAGGGCCGGCGCUAGUCGGGGUGACACUUCUACGCGGCCACUGGCGACGUCCAGAAGUCCAUCCGUUCGUGUCUCCUCUCCUGAGACGAGAAACAAGGAUCACAUUCGUUCGGAACUGCGGGAGCUUUCCGCGCAGGAACGCUUGUUGACGCACACGGCCUCCUCGCGGAAACGGGACCGUUCCGCGCACAGUGAGAACAGCGAGGUCAGCAUGGUCAGCGGCAUUCGUCUCCCCUCCAGUCCGGAUCGCUCCAGAAGUGCUACGCCGCGGGGACGACGAGGCGUAACUUCACGCUCCCUCACCCCGGCGACUUCGAAGCGGGCCAGCCUCUCGCCGGUCGUGCGAGUCCGCAGCAGGGGGGCUGCAAAUGAGGAGGAAGACUUGACAGCGGACCUGCGACUCGUGCGACCGCCGGGGGCGCCGGGAGGUGCAGCGGCGAUGAUUCCGCCGAGUCGCCAGAUCUUCUCCUCCGCAAGAACGACGUCGCGUCAGACAGCAGCGCCAAGAACUGCAACGUCUACAACUCGGGGGAGAAGCCGGAGAACCCCGGCCGUGGUGGACUUCCGUGUGGAAGAGGUCGAAGCUGCUGCGGCUGGUGGAGAACAAAGGCCGAGCUUGAAAAGGAAAUCGAAAUUGAGAGCAGCUUCCCGGUCGCCAGCCCGGUCUUUGCCGAUCCAAUCGCCGGUGGAUUUGGGCACGGAGAGAUAUCCUUUGCGGCAGCUGCUCGGAACAACCCAAGCAAGCACCGGAAAGAUGAACCUCGAAGACGUCGAUUUUGACACCACUUCCAUUGAAGUCGAUUCUUCGAUACAGCAGGAACCCCCGUCCGUAACUACGCCGCAGCUUUCCCCCCGAUUGAUGGAGUUGAGCAUGCCAAAACAGGUGGCGGGUGCAGGAGCUACAAAGUCGCCGCUUUCUUCGCCAGGGAGAUCGCCCAAGAUCAAACCUGCGUUCGGAUCUAACAAACCGACGAGUGCGCAAACGAGGCAGCAGAAAGCGUCGAAAUACUACGCGCGGGUUGCGCGGACGCCGGAAGCGGUGAAAAACCAUAAGGAAAGAAACACGGAGUUCAAUGCGGAGGAUGAUAGCGGACUGUAUUCCAAACCCUCGGUGAAAGUAGUUCGGAAUUUGUCCGCUCCACCACUACGGGCGGCGUCGUCCUCUCAAAGGAUGGGACACCAAUCGGAACAGCCGCUUUAUCCUGUUUCGGUUCGGUCGCGCGACGAUGCUGCUUCUGGGUCUGUAACAACGUCGCCCGGAGGCAGUGUGACAGCAAGCCAGAGUAGACGACCAGCGAGCGCCCAGGCUAGAAGUAGAGGCGGGGAAGAACAACAACGUGUGGUCAUACAACCGAUGGAUGUAGUUCCCGAUCAUGUCGUCGUGAAACAGAGAACCAUGACGGACACGAUGUACCGCGAAACCGCUCCGGCAGGACCGAUUUCCAUUCUACGAAGGAAAACCAGCCGCGGGAGCAGUGAAGAGACCACGGACAGGACCAAAAGGUCCAACACAACUACGCGUGGCGGGACAUCGCAGGCAGAUGUUGAGCGAUCUCGGCCGAGCAGGAGCUCGUACGAAGAUCUGAGGGACUCGAAGGACACAACGUCCAGUAGUGAAAUUGACCUUCGUCGGCCGCCGAGCAAAAAAACCAGUUCAUCGAAAACAAGUCGGGGUGGCACGGCAAGCAUUGAGAGAACGGUGCGGAUCGGUGGGAGCGAGGAGCAGAUCCUCACUCCGAGGGGGUCGAGCUUGACCCGGCCGGGCAGGAGUUCAUCUCCGGGCAACAAGCGAAGAGGAGAGGAACAGACAGCGGUAGGUCGUGUGGCGAGAUCUUCAACACCAAGAGGUAGGAGUACUGCAGCUCCAAGUCAAACUCUUCAAGGCGAUGUUUAUGUCGACACAAGUUCCAAGGCGAGUCGAAAUGUGUCACGCUUUCCGGCACCGGUUGAGGAAAGGAUGGAUAUCACCAGCGCUUCGCGCGGAAGCGGAUCGAGUGAAAAGCGUGGCACGGGAGCGGAUCUGGAAGGUCGGCCUGGAACUACCACAACUCCACAAACUUCAAAGAAGUCAACGACUACUCUUCUAGACGAGCCGGCAGAUACAACAACCCGAAUGAAUGCUGCUACAACGGACGUCGUUGAGCGCCAGGCACCAGUUUCGGGCACCAGAAGAUCUUCCUCUAAGAGCAAGGACUCAAUCGGGGCAUCGCAGGACAGCGCACCUCCAGUCGACGACAAAGGCCAGCAGCCGCCGAAAAAAUCCUCGAGCAGCAAGAAAGCAUCCAUGUCUACCUCUACAACUGAGGCGCUAGUACUCGACCCGGCCGAAGAGGCCACACUCACCAUUCCUCAGAAGGUGGAGCGGCUGAAGUCGCUGGCGGAAGAGCGCGCGAGGAGAAAGACGCUCGAGGAGGAGCAGAGGCGGCAGAGCCAGGAAAAACAGGAGCUCGCUGCUGCGUUGAAAGGGAGCGCAGAAAGUAGAGUCGGCGACGCCGAGAAAUUGGCAAGGGUCUCGGAUAAGAUGGUUGGCGCGGGGAACCAAAACAUUUUUGCGGACAUCAACGACCGGUUGAGCGCAGCGUCUACUUCGGGCUCGUCCGGGUCGACGACCCCUACUUCGGCACAGCAACCCGCAUCGUCGGAACCCUCACCACCGCCGUUCAGCGAAGUUGUCCGAAAGUCGCGACAGGCCGCAGCCGCUGCGCAUUCACAAAAGCCAAACCGCCCGCCCGGGUUGCAGCAGGUGGUCGAAAAGCCUGCGCCCACGAAGACGCCAGCCCGGCCGAGCAAUGUUUCUGCAAGCAGCAACACGCCCGCUAGACGUCCCUUAACCAAAGACGAGAUGUACGAGCAACUGAUGCGAAAGUGGCAGUCGCAGCGGACAAACAAAACCGUUGCUGUUGUUGACACCGGGAAUCUGGAUGAUGUGGCUCGUGAGGACCAGGAUGAGCAGCGGCCUGAAGAACUACAACUCGGAAUUUUUGACGAUCCACAGAACACGGACUUUGACCUGGUCUUUUCCACCCAAACGAGGCAAACGCAAAGCUCUGAAGAACGCAAAACAGCUAUCAGUACAAAGACAUUAGAGCAGCCCAGCCCCGACAAGAACAGCUAUGAUGUAGUCACUAAUGGUGAAGAUUUUUUACAGCAACUUCCAGCUGAAGAACAACCGGCGGAACAACAGUACACCCCGUCCGUCGCCGCUCCAGAAGCUGCCACCUCUACCUCCGCCCUGCAGCGGGUUCUGCAGGAUCCGGCGAUGCGCCGGUUUUCGCAGCUGAUGCAGGCCAUCGAAGAAGCCGAGGAAAGCGGCAACCUUGCGGACGCCGAGGCUUUACUGCCCCUCCUCGAGGAGGCGCAGAACCAGAUCGCGCAAAAGAUUCUGGACUCGGACGACAUUGUCGAGGAAAACCGGGAGAGUGUCAAGCAGGCCGUCCGCAGCUCGGCCGUGGAGCUGAAUCAACUGCUGUUUGACGCCCAGAGUUUGGAAGAAAACCUGCGUAAAUUCAAUUCCACUACGUUGGAAGUGGAACCGUUCCGCGGUUCGCUGGAUGACCUCGGCGCGCGCGCGGCGUUGCUGCAAGACGAGGUCGAAGGGCUCGCGCAGCGGGUGGAUGGAGGGGGCCGGAGAAGUGGACUAGUUGAGGAAGAACUUCUUCUACCGAGCAGUAGUAGUACGACGAGAUCCUCCGCUGCGAUGGCUACGCCUAUAAAUCAAGUAGAAGAAAAACCCGCGGCAAAACCGAAAGCCAAAGUGAUGUUUCAGAGCGCCGGAAAGAUCACGUCUCGCGGGUCCAUCUUCAAGAGGACGGCGACGCAGAAACGCAUGCAGUUGAUCGGCGAUCGCACUGGCACUCUGGCGGACGGGCUGCAAGAAGCGCUGAAGCGGAGGACCACCCGGGUCGGGAAGAGUGAAUUCCGCAUGACCGAGCGAGGGGAGAAAGUAAUGGAAGAAGGCGAGGUGGUACCCACGAGAAGCUACGCAGCCGGGAUGUCAGGAGCGUCUAGUGCUUCUAGUGGAGGAGCAGAACAAACCUCCACAACUUCGCCGUCGUUUCUCUACUACAACAGCACGACGAGUGAGUCUUCCUCUUCGGACGACGAGGAUUAUUAUCCUAGCACUUUCGACGACGAGGAGGAGCAAGACGGCUACAACAGCGUAUUCACCUGCCGCUCCUCCCGCCAGGGAAGCGGCUACUGUACGGCGCUGGAAGUGGAGGAUGAAGAAAGGAACGAUGUUGCAGAACCGGUAUCUCUAUCUUCCGAUAUUGGUGCCGCUCAUUCUAGCCACAGCAAAUACCGCUACACGUUGAACAUUUUGUGCGAAAACGAGCACCAGCAAGGCGUUUCCUCGGAACUCGCGUCCUCUUCGUCAUCCGCGUCCAGCAGCUUUGACGACGAGCUGGGGUCUUUGGUGCCGCAAUUCGGAGUUUUCUCCAUGGACACGUCGGUUGACGACGAGGACGAAAGAGGGUCCACGGGCACCGUGGAGCAGGAAGCAUUGAACCACUUGGAAGAUUCCCUCGUGUUCAGCUUCUCGCCUAUGGAAGACGCGGAUUGUGGUGCGGCUUGUUCGGUGUUGCAACAACGGCAGGAGGUGGAAGAAGGAGACACAGCAACUGCUAGAGACGAGGAACAAGAAGCUCAACUCGUUCAACAAAAGAAACAGCCGUUUCUGUUUUCGGAAACUUCCGCUACCGAGAUCCUGACCAACAUCCCCGGUGGAGGCGGACGCAGGUCGCCACCGACCAGCAUCGCCACGACAGAACCAGUGCCCGUCCCCCGAGGUGGACCACUUCCAGCACGCGAGCCUGAGACGCGCACUCCGUCCACACAGCACACCAACCUUCCACCUGACAGCGCGCAGCAGCCACGGAAGAGCCUGGGCGAGAUGCUGACGGAAGUCAACGGAUUGCACGCGUUUUACGAGUUACCGCAGUCGCAGCGCUGGUCUAUGGUGCAGGCGCAUCUGCAAACGACACCGAAGGCCGCGAGUUUGGUAACGCUGCUGCACAAAAAGGACAUUGCGGCUGGGCGGGGGAACAAGCGCAUGAGUACUUUAUCACUUUAAAACUUUGAUUUAUGCAUGUUGUAGGUUGUACUUGUUCUUCUUCUUUUUCUUUGCGUGGUGUCAAAUUCUAAGUGAAAAUCUUUUUAUCAAUCUUAUCUCCCAAACGAAAAACAGGUGACCGCCUGAGCGUCUUCAUGCAGUGCUCCCACACGCCGUCGGCGCAGAAUCUUUCGGAGUCGAUGCGCCUCGCCCGGGGUACGAAGGCGCCGUUCUUCGCGGAGACGGUGGCGCGGAGCAGCAAUCCCGAGUUCCAGCGACGGCUGGAGGCGUACCUGACGCACUCGCUCGCGACACACAGCACCUCGCACGUCACCGACCAAGAGCAGCGCAUUUUGCUGGGCGACUUGCUGAUUGACGACAAAAUGGCGCCGCUCCUCCGGGAGGUCUUCGAGCGGUAUUGCAACCUGGGCGACCGCGUUAACACGGAGUGGAUGAGCAACAAAAAGUGGAUCAAACUGCUCUUGGACGCGCGACUCCUCGUUGCUGAGAAGCCGACCGUGAACGUUGUAGCCGGGAAUAGCUUUGGAAAUACAAAUUCAUCAUCAUCGACUUCUACACCGAGAUCUCCAAGAGAAGCCCCGGGUUCAUCUUCAAAGGCUGGUGGGAAAGAGGGCAGGAACAAUAAGGCAGUAACCACUGUUGCUCCCGUCCCUGCGUCGACCAACACCGGGCUUCUGACUAUUGCAGAAGCGGAUCUGAUCCACGCGAAGGUGAUAACGACCUGCGAUCCCGGUUUGCUACGGUUGUCUUUCGAUCUUUUUUGCAAGGCUCUGGCGAUCUUGUCUCUCCGGCUCGCUGCCGCGCUGAUGCAGAAAACGGAAAGCGACUUGAGGGCGCAUGAUCGAACUUCCGCAUUACAACAACCUUCGCCGACCGCGGCCACUGCGUCGUCGGUCUAUUCGAAGAAAAUCACCUCCACGAUGCUGGAUCGCACCAUGCAGCGGAUUUUCCGGAAUGUGUUACUCCACUGCUAUCCAAAAUCGGAGUACGCCACUUCCUGCGUGCCGGACGACAGUCUACGGCUAAACGAGGUCGAUGUGGAGGUUCUUUUACACUUCAAGGACUUUUUGAUCACCCUGUUCGUCGCGUUCACGUCCCGCAAUAAAGAGGAAAAGCUGCGAACGAACUGCGGCGCAGGAGUGAAAAAUCAGGCGCUUGGGCUGAGGAAAAGGGCGGAACGGGUAGCGGUCUGCGACGCAGUCAUGAACAGUGAGGACUAUAAUGUCCUCGAAGAUGAGGAAGAUCAAGAUGAGGAGGGCAUAGUACACAACACGACUAGUACCCGGAGAAGCCGAAAGACAGUUGCGUCAACAUCCUUGAAAGAAAAGCUGGUGCGCAAGAUGGUCACAGGGGUCGCGAAAAUCCGGAACGACACCGACCAAAACAUGUACAAGAUGAACACCUACUCCAUUACCGACGGCCUUGCCAACGGCGAGGUGCAGGUCAAGGACCGGCGGAACAAGAUGGACUUCCAACAGUUCCUGAACUGCAUGAAGGCCCUCGGCGUGUACCCGGCGUUGCUCGAGCGUCCCCAGGUUUUGAUGCAGUACAAGGCUGCGACGGGGUGCCGCAGCGAGCUCGCGCUCCUGAACCGGCCGCGGUUCCUGGAGGCAGUCGCACUCACCGGUAUCCACGCCUUCUCGCGACCACCCUACAGCUUCGAGUACGCCAACACGACGGAGCGGCUGUAUGGGUUCCUGACCCGUUUGAAAGAGAGAAACGCGCUCUACCCGAAGAGACCCAUAGCCGCCGCAUUCUCUACCAGUGUCUUUCAGGAUAGCAGAAAGGUGCAAGUAGUGCACCACAUAGAAUCCCUAAGGUCGAAUGAUUGAAUAGUACCCGGCUUUUCGAAGUUUUAGUUUUACACAGGAGUAGAGUCAACUACACUGUAGCACUACAUAGUCCGCAUUUUGCGUGGUAGAAAUUUUUGCACUCAACAAAUUAAACUUUUGUCUAAUGCUAAAGUCUACAGCACACACAUGAUUUUUCGCUACCCUUCUUUUUCUACAUUCAUGUUGUUGUACGCAGGAGGUCAUUUUUUCGUUCAU